AUUUUAGAUAGUUCAGGGACAAUUAGGGAAGUGACAUCUGCUCUAUGAAAACUCAAAAGCAAAAGGAAUACCAAUAAAACCUGUUUCUGGCAUAGUAUUUAUGACAUAGUUCGAUUGUUAACAGGGAGUCACUGUAUAUACUGCUACGCUGACAUUGACAAAUUGUAAACAUGGUCAAAAUGGAUUCUGACUUGGAAUCUCAAUGCUCCUGGGAAAUUGAUGCUAGAUAAUUUUUAAUGGAUUACGAUGUCGUAAUAAGCUUAUGGACAGUAAGAACUUAUCCAGCAUCUCAAUUUCAACAGAAUAUUUCAAGUGUGUAUUUCAAGGACUCGACCAUGAAAGAGGGCGUGCACCAGGAUCAGGAAGAACCUUAUCAAGAUCUUGAGAGUGGCCUUGCUAUCAUCUGCUGUUUUCCGUUCUUUUCUGCCCUCGGUGACAAGAUAAAACAGUCGCUCUUUGCCGAAAAAUUAGCAAAGAAUAAACCUGGUCACCAGGAACACGAUACAGGUGGAUACGGAAGCAUGAGGUUGACAUCUGACAAAGCUGCUCAGACUGAAAGUAUGGAGGACCAAGUGCAAAUGUUAAGCUCAAUACAGUCACGUGAACCUCCUGACGAGAUUCCAGAAAUCAAAAUGGCCGGACCGACAAGAGUGGUGCUUCUUGCUUGCGGGUCUUACAACCCUGUCACAAACAUGCAUCUAAGGAUGUUUGAGUUGGCACGGGACACGCUGCAGCGGUCAGGGAAGUAUAAAGUAAUAGGCGGUAUCAUUUCGCCAGUCAAUGAUGCCUAUAAGAAGAAGGAUCUCGUCGUUGCGAAACACCGCAUUGCGAUGCUGAAACAAGCCCUAAAGUCGUCCGAUUGGAUAAAACUAGACACGUGGGAGAGUGAGCAGGACUGUUGGUUAGAGACGAAAAAGGUGCUGGAUCAUCAUAGAGCCAAUCUUGACACGAUAAUCAAUGCGAACAUCACAGAAAAUACCAUAGUCUCACCAACGAAGCGGCGGCGGACGACAAGGGGAAGGAAAGUUAAAGGUUCCGAUGAUGUCGACUAUACCAUUCCAGAAAACCUGAACCUGAACAAUCUCGAAGGUGGACCAAUCCAGCUUCGAUUAUUAUGCGGUGCUGAUCUCUUGGAGUCAUUUGCUGUACCUGGUCUUUGGGCAGAUGACGACAUCGAGGACAUUGUGUGUAAAUAUGGCCUAGUAUGCAUCACGAGAGGGGGGAGUAAUCCUCAGAAGUUUAUUUAUGAUCAUGACGUUCUUACGGAACAUCAGCAUAACAUUGUGAUAUGUAACGAGUGGAUAACGAAUGAAGUCAGUGCUACGAAAAUCAGACGAUCCUUACGGCGACGGGAAAGUGUCAAAUAUCUCAUGCCAGAUAGUGUCAUAAGUUAUAUCAAAGAACAUGGACUUUAUGCCACCGCUCCCUCUAGUGAUAACAAGUACCUCAACCACAUCACACCAUCACCCAACCGUGAUGACCCACCUGAAGUCGACGCCAUCAUGAACGCCAUCCCACCCGUGCGUUUCCUCUCACCCAACGACGCCUACAACGCCAAUCUGACCAACCACACGAGCGGUUACAGCAGUUCGGGAUCUGAAUCAAACAACAACAGCCCACGCACGACACCGAGACGUGCUGGCACGCCGCUGACUUGCAUGACUGACCUGAGUCAACUUGUCAAGCGAGUGACGAAAGUGACGAUAACACCCGAGACUUGUGUAUAGCAACGAGCAUCAAGGAAAGGUUGGGCACAAUGUAGCACGGAGGUGACGGAUGUAUAGAGAUGCUCUCUACAGUAGAACCUCCCUAUUAAGGACACUCUCGGGACGGGCAAGUACUGUCCUUACUGGAGAGGUGUCCUCAUUACAGAGGUAAUAUUGAAUGGAAACAACCUAUUCGGGUCAAAAACUAGUGUCCUUAGACUUAGAGAGGGUGUCCUUAUAGAGAGAGUGUCCUUCAUAGAGAGGAUGUCCUCAAUAGAGGGGAUGUUCAAAAUAGAGAGCAGGAGAUUUUGUGAGAAGUGCGUGCAACAUGUGCUCAACUUGGCCUUGAUGGAGAUGUUGCUGAUAAAAACAAAAAGAUUUAGCCGAAAUGAUGAUUCAGACACAAAAUACAUGUAAUGUGCUCCCUUUAAGAGGCACAGUAUGUACUGAUUUCAUUUUAGUAGCGCAAUGUAUCUUGAAAAAAUGCAUCAAAUUUGGUUGCUAUGUUGAAAUGUAAAAUACUUACUGAAUACAGGGAAUGACCCUAAUCUGCAAUCUGCACGCUCAACUUUGCCUUGCUGAUAAAAACAAAGAGAUUUAGCCUAUAAUGUGAUUCUGCCACAAAAUAAUGUGAUCCCUUUUGAGGCAUCAAUAUGGGUUGAUUUCAUAGCGCAAAGCUUAUAUGUUGGCAAACUGUAUUUGGUUGACAAUUAUGCAACAAACUUGUAAGGGCCAGAAUACCAAGGAUACUUUACCUUUACUGUAUAUAGCUGUACAUGUAUCUCAAAUUGUAAAUUAUAGAAUCAGAAGGCUUGCAAUGUACAAAUUAUAUAUUUUGUUAUCAAUCGCAAUCAAAAAAUCCUCAGUGCUGUUCAAUCAAUAAACUGUAAAUGUAAUAUGUAAUAGUUAAAGGUGCUAUGUAUUAUGUGAGAAUGUAAUUUGUCAGGAAAUUGUUCUGGAUGUAUGGAAUAUUGAUAAAGUACAUUGUAAGUAGAUUUAAGAGUAAGGCUUAUUAUCCAAUUUUCAAAUCAUUUUUCAUUUAAAAGCUUCAUGUAGCAGGUUUUAUUUCAGGAAUUGAUACCAAACACGAGGCCUUGGUAGGAAUUGAUACCAAACACAAGGCAUUGGUAUGAAUUGAUACCAAACAUGAGGCAUUGGUAGGAAUUGAUACCAAACAUGAGGCAUUGGUAGGAAUUGAUACCAAACACGAGGCCUUGGUAAGAAUUGAUACCAAACAUGAGGCAUUGGUAGGAAUUGAUACCAAACAUGAGGCAUUGGUAGGAAUUGAUACAAAACAUGAGACAUUGGUAGGAAUUGAUACAAAACACGAGACAUUGGUAGGAAUUGAUACCAAACACGAGGCAUUGGUAGGAAUUGAUACCAAACACGAGGCAUUGGUAGGAAUUGAUACCAAACACGAGGCAUUGGUAGGAAUUGAUACCAAACACGAGGCCUUGGUAAGAAUUGAUACCAAACAUGAGGCAUUGGUAGGAAUUGAUACCAAACACGAGGCAUUGGUAGGAAUUGAUACCAAACACGAGGCAUUGGUAGGAAUUGAUACCAAACACAAGGCAUUGGUAGUCUUACUACCAAACACCGCAAGGGUGGAACUAAAAUGUGGGAGAAAUAGCAACUUGUUUGUUACCAGCGCUGUUGCUCACCAUGGACUUAUGUAGGUCUCAUUCGGAAGAUGAAAACGGUAAAUGACUAUGUCUCAGUGCUUUGAUAAACCUCACUAAUCCAAUUUCGCUCCCUUGCUGGGCAAUCUGGAGGAGGGGGACUUGUGGUGUAUUCAAGAGUACUCAACAGACAGCCCAUGCCAAACUUGAUAAGGAUGUGGUCUUAACUCAGUUUCAACAAAAGUGUGACUGGUGGGGUUUUGGCCCUUAAUGCAUUAUUUAUUUGAAUUACUUCAAUCACAGAGCUUCUUAUAGACUCAUAGUAAACAUCAUUGUAUAAUAUCUUCCAUGUCAUUAUCAUCUGUUCUAUUUAUCAAAGAUGUCACUUCCAAUAUCAUCAAUGCUUCCUCUAAAUUGUGAUGGAUAAGCAGCAUGUAUAGUGUUGGAUUCAUCACGAAAGAGAUGUAUCGUUUACAAAAGAAAAUAGAAUCAUGAAAUUAUCGCUUGCAGUACCAAGACAAGGUCUUCGGUCAGCAAUUACCUAAAAGGUAUUCGGUCAGCAAUUACCUAAAAGGUAUUUGGUCUGCAAUUACCUAAAAGGUCUUUGGUCAGCAAUUACCUAAAAGGUCUUUGGUCAGCAAUUACCUAAAAGGUCUUCGGUCAGCAAUUACCUAAACGGUAUUGGUCAGCAAUUACCUGAAAGGCAUUUGGUCAGCAAUUACCUAAAAGGUAUUCGGUCAGCAAUUACCUAAAAGGUAUUCGGUCAGCAAUUACCUAAAAGGUAUUUGGUCAGCAAUUACCUGAAAUGCAUUUGGUCAGCAAUUACCUAAAAGGUCUUUGGUCAGCAAUUACCUAAAAGGUAUUUGGUCAGCAAUUACCUAAAAGGUCUUUGGUCAGCAAUUACCUGAAAGGUCUUUGGUCAGCAAUUACCUAAAAGGUAUUCGGUCAGCAAUUACCUAAAAGGUCUUUGGUCAGCAAUUACCUACAUGUAAUAUCUAUGUGGAGUUGAUAGUCGUAGAAUGUUCACUUACUGAGCAACAUACAUGUAUUUCUGUUCAAUGAAAACAAAACAAACCUCAGCAUAGAAAUCCAAUAUGUCAAUCUCGUCAAUGCGGCUCAGCGUCGCCGGAAUGGUAAACCUCCAAAUUUUUGCUGCCAUAUCAUUUGGAUUUGCGAUGAAAAAAUUAAAUGUAAAAUAAAAAUUGUAAGGCACAUUGUAAAUAUUUUUCUGAAAAUUUUAUUUUUUUCAGCAAUCUUUACUAAGUCCCUAUAAAAGAAAUACAUGUAGGCACAAAAAUGUAGUGGUUUACAGCAUUGGUUUGGAUCAAAUACUGUCAGGUUUCAUUUUUUUCCCCAUUUGUUUAUUGUAUUCACUGGUAAGGAUCCGAUAUUACAUUGAGAGAAAUUAUUGUUUUGGUGCAGUAUUGCAUAAUAAAGUAUUUGAGUUGAA